AAGAAGAUAUGUUAAAAGGGAGCCAGAAAUGAAUGAAAGCAUAUGCGAAAGACACUUCCACCACUAGUGUAAUUUGGUAUCAAUAAUUACCUCCAAAGCUGAGAAACUGAGGCCAUGUAUGUUCUGCUAUUAUCUUGUGGUGAUUCUAGAGGUAGUAGUGAUUAAAUUCUAAGAAUCAUAAUAGUUGUAUAGUAGUAGUAUGGUCCAACAAUUAUUAAACCUUCCCUUUCUCUCUUCUUUUCGUCAUGGCGACUUCUCAAAUUGACGUCCCACAUAAUAAAUUCUCUUGGUCUUGGGGACCAUGACAACAGUAUUUUCCAUGAAGUUUGGCCAUGAACAGAUAACGGCGAUAUUCGAAGUUAUUGAACAAAAUGGUGCAUUUGGGGUACAGGUACUUCAAAAAGAACCAAACUGGUCGUAGAGCAGCUUACAAAACAAAACAAGUAUUUAUGUUUGGUUUAUCUCUGCUCUUUGUCUGGCUUGGUUUCCAAUGACAACAUCACCAUGCCAAUAUUCCAUUUGAUAUAUGCCAUCUGGGGACUUUUGUCUUUCGCCUGCUUCUUUAUGGUUGUGAUUUGUGCUUCAUGGUGCCCAUAUCAAAAUUUCCAACAAAGCAAUCAACGAUUUGAGCAGAAAACAGAUAAGUUUUGGGUGUUCAGUGAGCAAACUGAGAGAUGGGUUGAGGCAAAACUUCCCUAUGAUCUUCUCUCUUGUGUUGACGGUGACUGUAGAAAAGUGGGGUCAAUACUUCAGACGGAGAAGAAGACCACACAAGAAGAGCUGGACCUUGAAGACAAACUUGAUGAAGAAAAGACAAGUGAUGAAAAUAAGGAUAGUAAAAUGGAAUCAGAGGCUGUGGUUCUACCACAGAGGAAGAGAAUUUCCUUGACUAAAAUAUCUGAAACAUCUGUGUGGGUCAGUGGUGAAAGUGGGUCAAUCUAUGAGAGGUUUUGGAAUGGAAUGGAAUGGGUGAUUGUCUCUCAUGAUUUGCCUGUAUCAGCAGGAAGUGCUAUAUCAGUUUUUGUCAUCAAUCAGACGAUUCUUGCUCUAUCAGAAGCAGGGAAAUUAUACCAGAUAAGAGGCCAACAUGGUGAAAGUUCUGAACCAGUUUGGGUUGAAUUCACACCUACUUAUCCUGAGAAAAAUCUUCUGAUAAAGUCUGGAGUUGCUUCGCGUGAUGGACAGAGAGCCUAUUUCUGUACAAAGAAUGAAACACUAGUAGAACUUGCUUGGGUUGAGCCCCCGAGAUGGAUAAAUCAUGGCCAACCAGCUGGAGCAAAUGUAGCAGCAAUAGCUGAUGCUGCUUCAACAAGAGAAGUAGUAUAUACCAUAAGUUCUGCUGGAGAUCUUUACGAAUAUGACAAAAAAUCGAAACCAUCAUGGAAGAGGCACAUAUGGCAAGAUAAAACAUCACAAGCUGCUCCUUUGAUGCCAUCUAAAGGGUGCAGUUUGCCUGGUUCAAGUGAUGAUCAUUCCGAAUCUCUGUUCCUUUUAACAAAGGAAGGCUCUUUGGUAGAGAGAAGGUUCCAUCAAUGGAAGUGGAAAUGGGUGGUUCAUGGAAGACCCCAAGAUCAAAACUUAACAUCUAUUACACCAGCUCUACAAGAUGAAUCAGCUGAAACAUCCUCCAUUUCUUUGUUCUUCACUACAUCAUAUGGAUUUGUCUUUGAAUAUCGAAUUCCAAAACAAUUAGAAGUAUGGAAAAGUCACCAGCAUCCUCUCCAUGCAAAGGCAGCAAGAGGUAUAGCAGGUUUACAAUUGUACGUUGGCAGAAUACUGUUUCCACUAGAUGAUGGAAGACUUGCCGAAUUACAUCCUUUAGGACUAGGUGGUGAAAGUUCAGGACCAUCUCAGCCACAAAACAUCCGAAGGAAAUCAUCAACCAAAUAUGUUUGGUCAAUAGUAGAUGUGCCAGAGAGUGAGGGAUGGAAUGCAGAAUAUUGCACAGAGGAACGUGGCCUCAGGAACUGUCUCACUGGCAUAAAAGAUGAGUCAGAGGAAUCAGUAGUAAGUUCAGUAACAGGUAGGAGAAAGCAAAACCAAGCACAGAAUCAUUAUUUAUCUGUGAGUACUUCAGGUGUUAGACUGAUUCAAGCUUCAGAAGAAUACAAUCAUGUGCCAGAUAACUGGAUUAGUAGUAACUUUCGCUUGAGAUUGAUGGAUGUAGGGAAGUCAUUUUUCUUAGUAACAGACGAUGGUUUGGUUUUUGAAUACAUUUGCAUUGAGAGUGCAUGGAUAUGGCUGAGGCAUGAGAGCUUUACACCUAUGAAAGGUAUAUUGAGUAGCUAUAAUGGAAGCUUAUUCAUGGUUGAUACACAUGGGAGUCUGCUCCUUAGAGAAAGAAGAGGCAAGGAGUUAGCAUGGAGGAAUUGCACUGCUCUGAGGAGAGGACAAAAUAUUGUUGGAGGUCAACCUUGGGAUGGAUUACCAGGCCAAGAAAAGAAGGUUACAAAUGAAGACACACUCUUCUUUGUGAGCAAAACUGGAAGACUAAUGAAGUUAGUGGUUUCUUUGAAGAAGUUGAAAUGGAAAGAUUGCAGAAACCCUCCAGAUGCUAAGGUUGCAUGUAUACUAGACCAGGAAUUGUUCAGAAAAAAUAUAGUAUUUGUCAUUGGAAGAAAUGGUCGCCUAUAUCAGUACAACAAGGUGACUGAUUUGUGGCAUGAGCAUUACCAUUCUCAGCAUCUGGUUCUAUCACAGUCUCCUGGAACUGUUAUAAGAUCAUCAUUAAAAUCACUCUCAGGUUCCCUCUUCAUGGUUUCAAAAGAAGGUGGCCUUGUUGAGUAUCAAUGGAGCUCAAUGUAUGGUUGGAACUGGGUGGAACAUGGAACACCCAAUAGAGAUGUAACACUAGUAGGUUCACCAGGUCCAAGCUUUGAAGGCAAUCAAUUAUUUUUCAUUGGUUCUGAUGGAAAAGUAUACCUCAGAUACAUGGACAAAAAGUCAUGGAAGUGGAAGGACUGUGGUUUCCCCCAUGUAGGAAAUAAACUGAUUGAAGCACACUCACAAGGAGGAUUCCAAGAAGAGAAAGUAGAUUGCACUGAUAAAGAUUCUGCAUCAUACUUGAAGAAGGGCCAAACAAACUUUGGUGACCUGAACAUUAGAUGUGACUCAAAGGUGGCAUCUACAAGACCAAUUCAAUUUUCCAAAGGUUCUGUCAUAUUUCAGCUCAGAGAUGGCAGGUUGGCAGAAAUUCAAAUGGUAGAGAAGAGAGAAUGGGUGUGGUCCCAGAUCAUUGCCACUCCAGCUAGUCUUUGCUCAGAGAAUUAUUGGAGUACUGAACCGUACAAACUUUCAUGAAUUUAAUUCGAAUGCAUUAUUGUUGUGAGAAAGACCUACACCGUCAUUCAAUUAUGCAUUCUCACAUUAUAUUAAUAAAGAAGAGAUUAUUUUUCACA